AUGACCCACUCCCACGACGAUUUGGUUGUGUCCCGUCGGUCUUCCAGUCGCCAAACCGUCAAUUUUGCCGGGUUUGGAGUGAGGGUUUUCAAAAAACAUGACUUUGGGAGAGUGCAGGAUGUCCACCUCCAUGGGGGAGUCAUUCGAGAUUUGGCAAUUUCUGAGACUUGCCCAAAUCUGCUGCUUUCAGUGGGAUUCGACAAAUGUGCUAAAAUAACAGACGUGCACAAUUCGUGUGUGCUUUUCAAUUUUUCUCUCCCCACUGCUUUGUGGUCGUGUUGUUGGAAUUCAGUCGAGUCGUCUUAUUUUUAUGUCGGAGGGUCCUGUGGGUGUGUCGAUGUGUUUGAUAUUCGAAAUCUCACUCGUGUUUGUCAAUUUCCUGCACUCAACAACUCCCCUGUCCACACUUUGUACUCAGAUCGGAAUAGUCUGCUUGUCGGACAAACACAGUCCAUUUCAUUCUGCAUUGAGUGUAUGACAGAUCACUAUCGGCGGAUGGAAUGUCCUCUCAAUGCCAUGAUUUCCUCAAUUUCUGUGGAUGCAGAAUCACGGAAUGUUUUGGCCACCUACAGACAGUCAUCCGCCACCACCAACGUCAAUCGGCUUGAGUUGUACAAACUUGACAGUCUGAUGGAAGAGGGUGGAUACAAAGGGCCUACUCAUGCUUUCAGCAAUCCGGGGUCUGGUCCGUCCGUCCAGCGCUCUUCCGUGUUUACAAGACCUAAUUUUCCAGAUGAUGUGAUUGUGUGUGCCAGUGAUCAACAAACUCCGAAAUUGAACGUGUUUUCGACUGGUUGUCCCCAUUUUAUGAGACAAAUUCCUGUCGAUGGAGUUCCACUCGAUGUUCUUCCCUACGGAAGUUGUCCUUCUAACAAAAAUUUGUUGGCUGUUCUCAAUUCGAAAUCUCUCCAAAUAUAUCGACUAUCACAAAAAGAAUGA